AUGAAAUUUCUGCUUCUUCUUUUUCUUUCUGCAUUCAUCUCGGCCCAAUGCCCAGAUUUGGUGCUCAAAGAAAGAUGCGAGCAGAUGUGCAAUCAAGAGCUUUUUGACUGUCUCAGUAAUUGCGAAAGUACAGCGAAAAGUGACUGCCACUACAUUUGCAUGGGAGACGCUUCUCGUUGUGGUGCCGCUUGUCCGUGUAACAAUGACUGUUUGAACGGAUGUGAGGGGUGCGCUAAUCCUGUAUGCAGCUGCAAGAACCCCAGGGAAAAUUCCGAGUAUAAUUUUUGCAUGAAAAAGGCUCUUGAUGAAGAGCGAAACUGCAUUUCUUCCUGUGCGAAUGAAGAUUGCAUCGAAGAGUGUUAUGUGAUCAGAAAGGGGGCUAUUUCGAAGUGUCCUUGUAAUAGCUACUGUCAAGUUGGAUGUCCCUGUGAACAAUUCAACUGUCAAGAAUAUGCAAUUUUAUUGCAAGAAUCCGCUGCAAAAAUGGUUUCAAAAUCAUUUGGUGUCAUUUUCAGCCAAGAAAAGAAUGGAAAAAUAAAGGAAAACCGAAAACUUCUUCUUGACCCUGAAGUCGAUCUUACUUCAACCUGCUACCAGUAUUUCAAAGGAGAGCAUAUGCUUUUCGGUGGGGCGAAAAAGCGCCGUCAAGUGGCGAAAAUUGAGAACUGCGAGAUUAAAAACACGGGAAAACAACUAGCAUAUAACUUUGACUCGUUCAAUGGAAGAUGCAUGUUGCAAGAGAAUGAGUUUGGUUGGGAAGACGAUGUGGUGAUGUUCUGCUUUGGUUCUUCAAGCAAGACUUGUUUCGAAUUCGAUGGAGAAAAGAGCAACUCAAUUUACAUUUCUCCACAGCACGAACACGCCCGAGGCGGUCUUGGUUCCUUUCAGAAGGAAACUUUCGUCGUUGGCGGAGGAGUUUAUGGAGCGGACAAUAAUUUCAACAGCAAACUUGAAUUUCGCGGAAGAAAUGGUUGGGUGGAACAUGCUGAUUUUCCGAGACAAAGUGGAAUCGCUGACUUUGUGCUUGCAAGUGUUCAUGAUAGUGGACAAGCAUUUCUGAUCGGCGGUUGGAGUGGAUCUGAUGGGCUGAAUGAUGUCUAUGAAUUGGUGAUGACGAAGGAAGGGGCUGGUCGUUUUCAAUAUCGACAGCGACUACAAGAAAUUGUUCGAUUUGGCUCCGCCGCAGUCUUGUCAUCUGAAAUCAUGAUUGCCUCAACUCAUGUCCAAGUCUUCAAUUUCAAAGAGCUUCAAGAAACAAGAGUCUUUGAUGUAUUCAAUCAAAAGACAAAUCAUCCGAUAUUUUUCAAAGUAGAAGCUGAUUUCUGCAUGAAUGCCUGUCAAGAACAAUGCUUUCUGUAA